AGGAAUAUUGCGGUUGUAUAAAAAUGGGAGAGCAUUUGGUGGUGAAAGAUGAAAACCGGGUCCAGGUCAGGGUUGGGAACCCAGAUGGAUCAUCAUCAUCGUUAGGAGAACAGGUUGAAAACGGGAAGAAGCCAGAAGUGAUGGAAGGAGGCGCCUCUUCAUCAAAAAUGGUAAAGGAGAAGGAAUUGGCUGUUGAUGGAGAAGAAGAAGCUAAUGAGGAAGUGCCAUUAAUUGGGGGUGCAGAAUGCCGCAUUUGCCAAGACGAAGAUUCUUUGAACAAUUUGGAGAGUCCUUGUGCUUGCAGUGGAAGUCUCAAG